UCCUCUUUCUGUGUGCCAUGAAGCAGACAAACACUCGGGGUCAGCUUGAUACACUGCACUGUGUAGCUUAAUACUUUAAGAAUUUCAAAUAUUAAUAAUUUAAGUCUUGAGCCUACAGUACCAAUAGACCAUCUCUGGAAUACCUGGAGCUUUGCUUGGGUGAGACCUUGAGAGUGACAAAAAAAAUCAAUGAGCUGUCUCCAUCAUGGAGGCAAUCGGCAAGUUCGACUUCACCGCCACGGCCGAUGAUGAGCUGAGCUUCAAGAAAGGAGAUGCAAUUAAGAUUUUGGGCACUAAGGAUAACUGGUACAGAGCUGAACGACACGGUCUGCAAGGCUUCGUUCCAAGAAAUUACAUUACCCUCAACAUCCCCAGCUGGUAUCAGGAGGACAUGAGUCGUCGGGCAUCUGAGAGCACUCUCAUGCCCCAGCCGAUAGGAUCGUUUAUCAUCCGUGGCAGCCAGAGCUCUCCGGGAAACUUCUCUAUUUCUGUCAGGCAUGAGGCGGACGUCCAGCACUUUAAGGUGCUCCAGGACAACAAAGGGCAGUAUUUUCUGUGGGAUGAAAAAUUCAGCUCUCUGAAUGAACUCGUGAAGUACUACACAGUCAAUUCUGUCUCCAAGCAUAGCUCGAUACGCCUCUUUUCAGAACAGAGGAGUCAAAACCCAGCUCCAGAUCCCAGACCGGUCCCUCAGGAGAGAAGAAAUAAGGUAUCAGGGUUUCAGAACAGACCCCUACCUUGUCCUACAGAUACACUUCCGCCUCCACAGGAGACUAGAUAUCAGAGCGAACCAACAGGGCCACCAAAGUGUCCUGCAAACAUGUUUCCACCUCCACAGGCAUCACUGUUAAAGGUUAAGGCUCUGUAUGACUUCAUAGCUGAGGAACAGGAUGAACUUAACUUCAGUGCUGGCGACAUUAUAGAAGUCGUGGACCAAUCAGAAUCCUUCUGGUGGGUGGGACGAGUACGAGGGAGGACAGGACUCUUCCCCACCAACUACAUCAUUCCUUUAUGAGCGCAUACAGUCCAAAGCAUGUGUGCUCAUUUCAUAUUUGUGUUUAUUUAAUUUAUCAGCUUAUUGGUUUUUUUUUUUUAAUUGACCAGUUAUUCUGAUGUACAUAAACACACUGAUACAGUCUUGAGUAUACAAUAAUUGGGGGUUUCUUUUACCUGGAAUUCAGAGAUUUUGUUUCAGUUGUCUUGCUUUCCAAAUAAACAAUUGCAUCAUUUCAGACCUU